GAUUUCAAUGUUCGGGUUUUGGUUUUGACCCUCGCAGCUCCCCGUAGCCUUGAGGCGUUGACUGCUUGGAUUGUUAUUGGACUUUCUACACCGAACCUCGGCUUUUCUCAUCUUUCUUUGACUGAUUCGCGGACACGGCGGAGGCGAGUGGCGGCAGCAGAGCUGUGUUCGGUCGGCGGGGCGCGCCGUUUGUGGGCUGCUGUAAGUUAGCGGUCACCCGCAAAAUGUUAGCCUGCUCCCACCGCUGACAGCAGUGAACAGGUCAGUGGACCCCGACUGACAGAAUGACCACGAGGGGGGGAGGAACUGCUCUGACACGCCGGAACUACCGGCUGGCUUCAGACACGGACAAACCCAGAACCACAGGUAUCGUGAAUGAGAAGCUGCUCAGCGAUUAUUUGCAUCACGUCUUUCCUUCCGCCAAACCUGGAGCUACUCCGGCCACGCUCAGGAAGCCUCUUGGUUUCCAGGAUCUUGGCGCUCACUUGGACCGGCUGCUGUCUGAAGAAGAGCCUACAGAAGACGGCAGAGAUCAGCAGGUGGAUGGGCGUGUGGGUCCUCAGCCCGUGGUUCUGGAUCACACCAGCGGCUUUGAAGGCCUUCUGUUUGUGGACGAUGACUUGCUCGGGGUGAUCGGCCACAGCAACUUCAGCUCCAUUAGGGCGACUACGUGUGUCUACAAAGGGAAAUGGGCCUACGAGGUUCUGAUCUCCUCUCAGGGUCUGAUGCAGAUCGGCUGGUGUACUCUGAACUGUCGCUUUAAUCAGGAGGAGGGCGUGGGCGACACUCCAGACUCCUACGCCUACGAUGGAAACAGAGUGCGGAAGUGGAACGUGACGACCACCAACUACGGGAAGUCAUGGGCAGCUGGAGACAUCGUCAGCUGUCUGGUCGACCUGGAUGAAGGAACCAUCACGUUCUGCCUUAAUGGACAGUCUUUGGGGACGGCCUUCACCAACAUCAAGAUGGGUCCUGGUAUUGCUUACUUCCCCGCCAUCAGCCUCUCCUUCAAAGAGUCGGUGGCCUUCAACUUUGGCAGCAGGCCACUCAGAUACCCCGUAGAAGGUUACCUGCCCUUGCAGGACCCCCCCACCGCUGACCUGACCAAGGCCCACAAGCUGCUGGGCUUCAUCAAGAACGUCCUGUCCACCUCCUUUGACACCCAGGAGGAGAAGCUGCUGGAGAAGGACUGCGCCACGUGGAAGCUCCACGGGGAACCCACCGUACUGGUCACCCUGGCUCACAUCUUCAACCACUUCGCUCCUCUCAUGUGUAAAGUCUACCUCGUGGAGGACGUCCUGAUGAACUUCCUGUUGGGGAUCCUGGAGGGGGGCGGCUCUGUGGAUGAACACCCGCUCAUCCAGCAGCUGCUCGACCUCUUCUGGCUGUUGAUGGAGGACCAUGAGGUGAACGAAUGUCUCAAGCAGCUGAUGAUGUCUCUGCUGCGCGCGUACCGCUUCUCCCCGAUCAUCCCUGACUUGGGUUUUCAGAUCCACUACCUGCGAUUGACCACUGCCAUCCUUCGCCAUGAGAAGUCCAGGAAGUAUCUGCUCAACAACGUCUUGUUUGACGUGCUGCGGUCUGUCGUCUUCUUCUACAUCAAGACCCCUCUCAGGGUAAAGGAGGCGGGGCUUGAGGAGCUCAUCCCCACCACCUGGUGGCCGACACAUUUUGACAAGGAGGGUAAAGACGAGCGUGACCCCAAAGACGAGAGUGCGGAUGAGCGACUGAGGCGGCGAGCCUAUGAGAGAGGCUGCCAGAGGCUGAAGAAGAGGAUCGAAGUGGUGGAGGAGCUGCAGAUCCAGAUCCUGAGGCUGCUGCUCAACAACAAGGACAAAACCACGGGGGAGGCUUCCCGGUACAUUUUCCUCAAUAAGUUCAGGAAGUUUCUGCAGGAGAACGCCAGCAACAGAGGGCACCCCACAGCGCUGUGUCCCCCCGAGUACAUGGUGUGUUUCCUGCAUCGCCUCAUCACGGCGGUGAGAGCCUGCUGGGACGAAGCCUGCAGGAAGACUCCGAGCAGCCUGAGCAGUGAAGAUGCUUACGUUCCCCCUCAGCUUUUCUACAAUGGAAAGGUGGACUACUUUGACCUGCAGAGACUUGGAGGACUUCUGUCCCACUUGAAGAAGACUCUCAAAGAUGAUUUGGCCAGUAAAGCCAACAUCCUCAUCGACCCUGCAGAGAUCCAGGCUGCAUCCAUGGAUGAUCUGGACGAGGACGAGGAGAGCGGAGCAGCACAGAGGCCGUUUGGUGCAGCAGCCAUGGGGAGCACUCUGGUCAGGCCCAGCUGGCUGAGUUCUCCCACCCCGGGCCGGGCCAACCGGUUUCUGAGCACUGCAGCCGUCAGCCUGAUGAUGCCCAGACGGCCGCUGGCUCAACCCGAGAAGGUCAAAGUGCGCAGCCUGCCGGUGGAGCAGCGCACGGAGGAGGACAUUGAGGGAAGUCAUGGUAACGAUGGCCUGUUGCUGGGGCGACCGCAGGAGGAGCCUGAUCAGCCAAUGUCUGACAAGUCCCUGCUGGAGAUCAUUGAUGGAAUUGUGAUGAUGUACAAUCUGAGCGUCCAUCAGCAGCUCGGAAAGAUGGUGGUGGUGGCAGAUGACGUGCACGAGUACGCCGUGGCUCUGAAGGACACGGAGGAGAAGAUCGCUCGCUGCCCUCCCAGACGUGCAGACAUCAUGGAGGAGCUCCAGAAGAGUCAGAAAGUUUUUGCAGAGAAAUUGAACCACUUGAGCCGCCGUCUGGCCUGGAUCAACGCCACCAUAUACUCUAAGGAGAAAAUGCUCGAUGUGUACUGGCUGCUGUGUGUUUGCAUUCGCACCAUCGAGCACGCCGACAACACCGGUUCUUUGUUUGCCUUCACACCUGAGUUCUACCUCAACGUGGCGAUGAAUGCAUACAGCGCCCUGAAGAACUACUUCAGCCCUGCCAACAGCAUGGAGGAGCUGCCAGGCUACGAGGAAACCCUGACUCACCUCGCUGCUAUCCUCGCGAAGCACUUUGCAGAUCCACGCAUCGUUGGAACAGAUAUCAAAGACUCGCUGAUGCAGGCCCUGGCCAGCUAUGUCUGCUACCCACAAUCCCUCAGAGCUGUGGAGAGAAUCCCGGAGGAGCAACGCGUCGCCAUGAUGAGGAACCUGCUGGCUCCGUAUGAACAGAGACCCUGGGCUCAGACUAACUGGAUCCUGGUCCGACUCUGGAGGGGUUGUGGGUUCGGUUACAGAUACACACGUCUGCCUCACCUGCUGAAGACCAAACCUGAGGACGCCAACCUGCCCAGCCUGCAGAAGCCGUGUCCAUCAUUGCUGCUCCAAAGACACAUGGCAGAGCUGCUGAGUCUGGACAAAGACAUGGCAGCCUCGUUCCUCAACAGCGUCUUGAACCAGCUGAACUGGGCCUUCUCAGAGUUCAUUGGGAUGAUCCAAGAGAUCCAGCAGGCUGCAGAACGCCCGGAGAGGAACUUUGUGGACACCCGUCAGCUGAAGGUGUGUGCAACCUGCUUUGACCUGUCUGUCAGCCUGCUGCGGGUUCUGGAAAUGACGGUCACUCUGGUACCAGAGAUCUUUCUGGACUGGUCGCGUCCUUCUGCAGAGCUGCUGCUGCGGCGACUAGCUCAGCUUCUGAACCAGGUCCUAAACAGAGUGACGGCUGAGAAGAACCUGUUUGAUCGAGUCGUGAACCUCAGACUGCCAGGUCUGGAGAGUGUGGACCACUACCCCAUCCUAGUCGCUGUUACAGGCAUCUUGGUCCGGAUCCUGGUGGAUGGAGAGCGACAGGGGACAUCCCGAGCUGCCUCUGUUCUACUUGCUGACCCAUGCUUCCAGCUCCACUCCAUCCAGCACCUCCUGGGGGAAGCAGGAGAUUCCUCCAGCUCAUCAACAGCGGCAGCCCCCACCCUGACUGCCUUGGGCUCCUCUGUGGCGCCUCCUCCAGCUGCUGGAAGCUCAGGGUCCUCUGAGCGCAAACACUUCUCCCUGCAUGCAUACACGGACUACAUCAGCGAGGAGGAGCGGCAGAAGGUGGAGCACAUGCUGACGUUUCUGACCGAGGAGUCCAAGCAGGCGGCAGCGUCCACGGCUCCGACCAGCGAGGAAGACCUCUGCCCCAUCUGUUACGCCCACUCCAUCUCUGCCAUCUUCAAGCCGUGCUCGCACAAGUCCUGCAAAGCCUGUAUCAACCAGCAUCUGAUGAACAAGAAGGACUGCUUCUUCUGCAAAGCCACCAUCACCGGGGUGGAAGACUACAGCAAGCCGGCCUCCUCCUAACACAACAGACACACACGACGUUAGGUAGACAAACACUCCUCACAUCAGUCAGCCCAAAGAUGAGUUACGUUUGACUUUUAUUUUUAAAAUGUGUUACAUGUUUUGUCAAAGAAGCUGCACACUUCUUUUUUUAUGAAGCACGCAAAUAAAAAGUUGUGUGUGAGUGAUCCUCACAGCAACACCUGAACCACACGACGCACACGUGUCCUUCAGACUGCCGUGUGACGAGAAAGCUGGUUAGACUCAAGCUUGUGUGAGUCUGUUGUGGGUUUUUGUUGUGAAACUGUAGAUGUAGACGAGUGAGGGGAGCUGGCUUGGUGUUCUGAUUCAAAAGAGGCUCUGCAGAAAAAAAACAGACAAACAGCACGUAGACACACAUGCAUGCCCGAAUACAGAGGCUGCAGAUACAGAAAAAAUAAUAAUAAUAAUAAUUUCUUGUUCAUCGAAGUGGAACAGACUCACAAACACAUUGGAAACACUUUUGAUUUUCUGAACCGGAUUUGUUCAACGCUGGGACUUUGUGAUGACGUGUAAGAACUUUUAAAACCGAAGAGAAGCAUCUCUCCAGCAACUUCAGGGACAAUCAACUCUUGAGCAUCAACUCUGCUGCAGGAUCCUGAAAAAGUCCCUGAAUCCAACGAGGAGAAGUCCGUGUCAUCGGCUUAGUCACGCGGUCAAAUCCAGAGAUUUUUCAUGACCAUCGGGAAUGUUACACCUCUGAAGCUGCUCAACUGCUCGUCUUUUCUGAGUGUGUUUGUGUGAUCUGCACCGGAAGUAAGGACUGCAGGUUUACAGGUUUCUUUGUUGAGACGCAAAUAUGUCCACAUGAAACUGCAUUAAAUUAUUUGUUUAGACCUUU